UAGUGACAACCGAGAAGUCUGGGUGGGGAUGAUGAUGGCGGAGUUGGUGCAGGGACAGGCCUCCGUUGCUCAGUCCGGAAUGAAAGCUGACGGCUUCGCCGACGCUUUACAUCGGUCUCGACAGAUGGCAGGAACAAUGGGGAAUGAGCAGAUUCCUCACCUAAACAAUUCCCCCCCUAUUGUAGACCCCUCCAUGUAUGGCUACGGGGGCCAGAAGAGAUCGGUGGAAGACGGAGUAGGUAACCCGCUGGGCGCCAUGGUACAUCAAAGGGCUGUUAUGACAGAAGACUUUAAAGUGCCUGAUAGAAUGGUUGGAUUCAUCAUAGGCAGAGGAGGUGAACAAGUUACGAGAAUCCAGAUGGAGUCUGGGUGCAAGAUUCAAAUUGACUCUGAGAGUGGCAGUGUGAUGGACAGAGCCUGCUCCCUUACUGGAACCCCAGAGAGCAUUGAGCAGGCCAAGAGAAUGCUUGGGCAGAUAGUGGACCGCUAUCGAAACGGCCCUGGGUUCCACAGCGAGGCUGAGGACAACAGCUCAGUCCAGGAGAUGCUCAUCCCAGCCAGCAAAGUGGGCCUGGUCAUCGGGAGGGGAGGGGACACCAUCAAGCAACUGCAGGAGAGAAUAGGAGUGAAGAUGAUGAUGAUCCAGGACGGCCCCAUGCCCACUGGGGUGGACAAACCCCUGAGAAUCACUGGGGAUCCCUACAAGGUCCAGCAAGCGCGGGAGUUGGUGAUCGAGAUCAUCCGCGACAAAGACCAGGGAGACUUCCACAGUGGCCGCAACGACUUUGCGUCAAGAUUGGGUGGAAGUACUUUGGAUGCCAAUCCCUCCCUUCAGGUGGCUGUGCCCAGGUUUGCAGUGGGGAUCGUCAUCGGCAGGAGUGGCGAGAUGAUCAAGAAGAUUCAGGGUGAUUCCGGAGUGAGGAUCCAAUUCAAACCAGAUGAUGGCAUCAGCCCAGAGCGCAUCGCCCAAGUGAUGGGACAACCAGACAGAUGUCAGCACGCUGUCCAUCUCAUCAACGAGCUCAUCCAAACAGCCCAGGAGCGUGAUGACUUUGGGAGCUCUGGAGGACCAAGAGGAAGGGGACGAGGCCACUGGGGCAUGGGCUCACCAGGGGGGCUGCAGGAGGUCACCUACACGAUACCUGCAGACAAGUGUGGUCUGGUGAUCGGCAAAGGCGGAGAUACCAUCAAGAGCAUCAACCAGCAGUCUGGAGCCCACGUGGAGCUGCAGAGGAACCCCCCUCCCAACACCGACCCCAAUGUUCGCGUCUUCUCCAUCAGAGGCACCCCGCAACAGAUGGAGGUAGCAUGCCAGCUCAUCGACGACAAGAUCGGAGGCUCAGGAAUAGUGAGCAAUGGUAGUUUUGGGUUUAGCCCUUACACUCAAAGCCCUGCAACUCAUCAAAAUUGUGGCAGUGGAGCCCAGACUUUAAUGACAGGGGGAUGGGGGACUGCCUAUCAAACAUGGCAGCCUCAAGGCCAGCAAGACCACAGUCACAAUGGAUCCCAGGCAGGCCAGAUGGACUACUCUAAAGCAUGGGAGCAGUAUUAUAAAAAGCUAGGUCAGACAUCUCAGCAGCAGAGCUCACUCCCAGAAUACAGUGCAGCUAUGGCAGAAUAUUACAGGCAGCAGGGAGCGUACCUCUGGCCGGGUGCACAGGCAACCCAGGGCCCAGGUCUUCAGGAGCAUUAGAGUGGACACCAUCUAAUUAUGAUUUUGGAAUCAUUGAGACGAAAAGAGAACUAUUAACAGUACUAUUGAGGUUUCUAAAGUAUAUUUUCAACACUUUGCGGCGUACCUUUCCUUUUUGUAAUGCACUCGCUGUAGAAUAACUUAACCUAAAAACUGAUAUUUAACCGGGCAAUUUUGGGAUACACUCUCGUAUAUACGUUUAUUUUUUAUUUUAUUUAAAAGUAUCGCUGUGUCUUUGAACAAGAUGUAGUAUAAUCUAUUUUGUCUAGUUUUUUUGCAAUAAAAUGGUAUUGGUUUAGCAGUCUUGAGGAUUGAGUAUAAUGACAGUUUUGUUUUUGUGAACAAGCAUGUGUUUGCUUAUUGAUUUGUGUUUUUACAUAGAACAUUUUUAAUGUUGAGAUGAUAUGUAAUGUGUUAUUGUUGGAAAAAAGUUUUUCUUUUGUACUAAAUUCCUGGUAUGGUAUCUGUAAUUUCUUAUUUCAUCCUGUUAUUCUUCUGUGUCAUUGUUUUCUGUUCAGGAAUGUGUAAUAUCUCAUUUAGGUUUUGAACAAAUAUGCUGAUAAAUGAGUUAUUAUUCCUACAUUAGACAUCCUAGUUUUAAACCUAAGUGUAAUAAAUGCUUAUCAAAAUGAUCUGUUAGAAAGCAAGGAUAUUAUGAGUUUGAUUUAAUCUUGUUAUUUAUGUUGAAAUAAGGAUUGUUUGUGUAAUGUUCACAUGGAUGCUCUCCCAAUUGUAUGUAUUCACUGCUAAUAUGGUAAAUAUGUUGUUUUGAAAUUUGAUGUGGCAUCUCUCACCCAAGUGCAAAUAUAAACCCAGUAUGUCUUCGGUGCUCAAGACUGCUAAGCCGCUUUCAUUCUACCUGUUAAAAAUAUUUGUUUUUGUAUGGCAAAUGUAAGUGUGAUUUUAUUUAUUUUUUUGUUCCCCCUAGCUUACACAAUAUCCCAACCAGUACACUUUGUUUCUCGCUAACAUUAUUGUUUUUGUGUGAGCAAGAAUGUAUGCUAUGAUUCGUUACAUGAUUACUCCCUACAACUUUUUCUAAUGACAAGGCAUACUAUAACCUACGAUUGUUUUGAAAAUUUUCUCAUAUGCACAGAUAACCUUGUAUUUAAAAGUCAAUAAUUAUUUUUAUUUUUGGGGCAGUUGAUACCAUUUGGGCUAUUGUAAAGCACGUUCCUGUUUUUAGAUGUUUACUGCCUUUUCAAUGGCAAAUUAGUUUAACUGCAGUUACCCAAAGAGCCAUAUCACUGGACUAACAAGUUCAUCUUUCUGUAGUAUACAGUGUAAUUUAGAUACCUUAAGUAUAAAGUUGAAUAUGCCAUAAACAUGAAUAGAGGCAAUAUAUAUUCUCUCUAGUUUAUUUCAAUGCUUUCUUUACUGUUUGACUCAGUAAUUUGUCACAAUUGCUUUUGUGGUAAAAAUAUAGAAUCUUUAUUUUUGUACUGUUAAAAAGUUUAUCUGUCUGAAGUAUAAUGAUUUGUCAAUCUCCCUACCAGUUUUCUUUGUUGCUGUGUACCCUGCUACAAUUAAAUCUAAACUCCCAAGAUCGAGUAUGAAUUUAAUCAUAUUUUAUUUUUUACAGAUAUAAAAGGACAGAUGAAGAUUGCAUGUGGACAGCAAAUGUAAUAACUAGGUUUCUGCCAGAAAAAAAUACCAUAAAUGUAAUGUC